AUGUCACCCAUGGAGUCUGCUCACAUCGUUGACGAGGAAUUUCCCCCAUCGAAAUCGCACCAGUCGCGGGCCUGGCGUCACCACAACCCUCUCCAUCAUCACUAUCAGCAAGAUGCCAUUACAGAACCCCUCCCCUCAACUUAUUAUCACCAUAAGGCUAAGAGGAAGAGCUCUGCAAGUUCGUCAAAUUCCUCAUCUUCUUCAUCAUCCUCAUCUUCUAAAUCUACGUUUGUGCCGCCAACAUGGAUAGAACAGAAAAUCACUCAACUGGACUGUGCCAAGUUUGUUCCCUCUGUCAAAUAUCCCGAUCGCUGUGGCUGUGGACGCUUUCCGGAGGAACACGAUCUGGACGUGCUCCGGGAGGCCCGCGCGAACACCCCGCCUUCCCCCUCGUACCAACCCGAACGGUGGCAGGUGAAAACGCACACUCGAGAGGUCCCCACAACCGCCUUCGGCACCGUCGAAUUCCAAGGCGGACCGCACCCCACCAAGGCCAGGUAUGUAAGAAUCAGCUACGAGACAGCGCCGGAGACAGUGGUUCAGCUGCUGCUACGCGAGUGGCGUCUGCGCGUGCCCAGUCUGGUCAUCUCCGUGCUCGGGGGGCUGGCGAAUGCGCCGCUGCAGGCCAAGCUCGGCUCGGUUGUGCAACGCGGCCUCCUCAGAGCCGCCAAAACCACCGGCGCCUGGGUCAUCACCAACGGACUCGACACUGGCGUGACUCGUCACGUGGGCGAGGCUCUGGGCGAGGAAGUGCACGUUCGCGGCUCCAAGAUCGUCGCGCUGGGAAUAGCGCCUUGGGGCGUCGUGCAGCAGCGAGAUAUGCUCAUUGGAAUAGAUCACACUUGUCAGUACCACGCACAGGGAACAUUAGCGGGUCGACAGGAGACCGCUUUGAAUCCCCACCACAACUACUUCCUUUUGGCUGAUAACGGAACUUCGGGAAAAUUUUCUACUGCCGAGAUCUGUCUUCGUCGUCGUCUGGAGCAGUACCUUGCUCAACAGCCAAUCGGACUGCGCAGACUCGGAGGUCACAAGUCUCGAGUGCCAGUGGUGGGCCUGUUGAUCGAGGGGGGCCACCAGACCUUCCGGACGGUCUUCGAGUUGCUCACAGGAAGAAACCCCGUCCCCGUGGUCAUUUGCGAUGGCUCUGGGCGUGCUGCUGACCUCCUAUCCUUCAUGUACCACUACGCAGGCCCCGACGGUGAUUUGGUUCCGCAUCUACGACGCCAGGUCAUCGCAAACAUUGCACGAACAUUCCAAAUCAAGCAGGCCGAAGCCGAAAGCCUCUACCUCGAUAUGAAACUAUGCAUGAGGCGUCGCGACCUUUUGAGCGUAUUUCAAAUGGGAGAUGGCACAUCGGACGAAAUUGACCUCACCAUUCUCACGGCUUUACUUCAGGCUCCGGGCCAAAAUCUCACACCGGCUGACCAGCUUUCAUUGACCAUGGCCUGGCAGAGGCCCGAUAUUGCUCGUUCCCGCAUUCUGGUCAACGCCAACGACUGGUCGAAACCAGCGCUUGAUAGUGCAAUGACCGACGCCCUCAUCAACGACCGCCUGGAGUUUGUUCAGCUCCUGCUGGAAAAGGGCCUUGACGCCUACAACUUCCUCACAGUUCGCCGACUCGAGGAGCUCUAUGCUGUCUCGUACGCCUGGAAAAAUCACUUCUGCAGCCGGCUCUUUAAAAAGCUCCUCGGAGCCCGCGCGGUCGUCUCACUUCGCUCAAUCGGUCAACUCUUAGAACAGGUGAUAGGCAACGGAUACCAGCAUCCAUAUUGUUCAAAGCAAUUCGACGCCCAUCUUCGAACCGUCGUUCUAGUAUCGAAACAGCCUGGAAGAUCUCGGCAACGUUGGUCGGGUUAUCCAGGCUCCAACACCAACUCCGGUCCGCCCUCCACCAGACACGGCAGCGACGGCGGCUCGACCUCCGCGUGGACACUGCCCAAUACCUCUGCCUCAAUAUCGGCUGAGUGGGAUUCCGGUGACUACGCGCCCUCCCUCGAUUACUACGGAAACAGAGUUGGUGGCGGUGGUGGCGAAACUGUUGUCUGCUUCCGCUACCCCUACUCUGAACUCCUGCAAUGGGCGCUCCUCACGUGCCGAUUCUCUCUGGCUCGAUACAUGGUGCUUUCUGGUGAAGAAGCUAUUGCUAAGGCUCUACUGUCUGUACGCAUUCUGCGUGGGAUGCGGAAGUUUAUGGAUGUGGAAUCAGAAACAGAACUCAUCAAGGUCAUCCGGGCACAAGAAGAAGUCUUCGAGAACUUGGCGGUGGAACUGCAGGAAUAUUGUCACCGACACGACCCAGCACAAACCCGUCGUCUGUUGACGUACGAACUGAGGAACUUCUCACGCAACACCUGUCUGUCGCUGGCCUACAUGUGCGAGUCAAAGUCAUUCAUCGCCCACCCCUGUGCACAGGCCAUUCUCACUGACCUCUGGUAUGGAGGACUGCGGGAGGGUCGAUUCGUCUCCGCCAAGGUCACUCUAAUUCUCAUGGGACUCGCGGCUCCACCUAUCUAUCCCUUUAUUGCGCUCUGCUUCACUUCGUCGAAAUUCCUCGAGUUCAAGACGCGGGAGGAAUUGUCGGCUCAGCCUCAGACCUGGGAGGAGCACCUCGAUGAGAUGGACAGUUCUUCAAGUUCAAGCUCUUCGUCCACUUCAAGUAGCAGCAGCAGUUCCUCCUCUCGCAGUUCUAGCAACGUGGAUAGCACGCGCGGAAAAGCAGCACAUCUGUUUCUUCCACCCAUCCGUCCAAUACACCAGCGACCCUUAUCCGAUCCACCCCCGCGACGACGGUGGCUCGACGUCGGUGCAGAUUACCAAAAGAAAGACGAAAAUACUGACGAUAUAGUUGCAGUAGAGGAGGGUAGGUGUUCCCAGGCAGUGGAGGACACGGUGGAGGGCGAAGUGCCCGCAAAGGACGGCCGACCGACGAGAAUCCGCGCGUACUCCGACACCAUCUCCGGGGCGCAGAAGGCCUACUUCGUCCGCCUGUCGGAGGCAAUCAAUGCCUCGGCAAAACUCUCAGUCGUCAAUGAGCUGGUCGAUUCCCCAGAAUCUCCUCAGGAGGAGGGCCUAGAGGAGGUGGAGGAGGUGGAGGCAGAGGCAGAGGCGGAAGAGGAGGCCGAAACCAAACCUCUGCCAACGAUUCAGGUGGAUGGCGUCGCGCUCUCUGACCAUGAACUGAGCGUCGAAAUUAUAAGCCCGAGGGGUACCAGAACAGAUGGCUCGGAGAGGCAAACAGCGCCUCGCUUGAACGAAGAGUCCGACGGCUCCUUGCCAUCCGCCGUUAAAAAGGCUCUCGUGGAGGAGGACGUGGCCGGUGAGAAGCGCCAUCAUCACCGUUCGCGCCGAAGGAAUUCCAGGUCCGUCGGGGAUCUCUUCGCGGUAGCGCAACCCCCAGCGUCUGCCCACCGGACCUCGCAGCCCACGCGAAGAAGCGAGGUCGCGGGUGCGGCGCGUGUCCCGCCUCCACGAACCGGCUCUGACGACAGGCCUAGUUCGAAUGCGCCAGGUCACCGUCCAUCCAGCCAGAAUGCUUUCAUACCGGAAGGCGGUCCGUCGAUUCACCAGCGACCUCGGUCGUCUGCAGUGCCGAUUAGGCGGCUGCACAACGGUUCCCAGGUGUACUCCUCGUCGCUCAUACACGACUACUCUUACGGCCGGUCCAUCGGCGGUCCACCGCCGCCGCUGUUCAGCUACGGUCCGGGCACGGGGGUCGCCGACCCCGGCUCUGCAGAGAGCUCCAGCGGCGCUCUCCAGCACCAACUGUCGUGGCGCAAAAAGGUCUACGAGUUCUUCUCAGCCCCAGUGACACGAUUCUACCUCCACGUGCUAAUGUAUUUGGUCUUCCUGCUAAUGUACAUCUGCUACUGCCUGGUCUGCGUGCCCUACCAAACAGUGAACGCCUUGGAGAUGUACAUCUACCUCCACAUCCUCACGUACGCCUUCGACAAAUUUAGAGAGGUGAGUGGCCGUUCGGCAGCACUGUUUAUCCCUGUCCUUCGGGUGACACUUUCUCCGGGAAUCAGUUAUCGCCAGAAGUUGUGGGUCCAUUUGACAGCCUUCUGGAACGUCUACGACUUCGUCUUGAGUUUCUUCUCUGUCCUGGGCGUGCUUGUGCGAAUGAUUGGCCUUCGCCACCGUUUAGUCUUCCUCUGGGGCCGCAAUAUUCUCGUUUGCUGUUGCUCUUUCUGGUUGAUGCGCUUUCUCGAGUUGAUGCAAAUUUGGCGAUUCUCCGGGCCCUACAUCUACGUCAUCGUGAAGAUGCUGCAGGCCAUGAUUCCCUUGUUGAGCCUCGUAUUCCUCCCCUUAGUUGCCUUCGGAACCAUGCGAGAGGGCAUCAUGGUGAUGAAUAGGACCAGUGUUACCGUUGAGGGCAUCAAGGACAUCCUUCUGGAGCCCUACUUCAUGCUUUACGGCGAGGUCUAUGCACCUGAGAUCGAUCCCAAAGACUGGAAUGUCAAUUUGGACGAAACACCCCUCUACCAAAUGGUUCCCAUCACCGACGUGAUCUACCUUCUCUACUCCAUUGUCCUAAUGCUCAGUGUAAUAAUCGCCGUCUUCAACAGCAUCUACUCUCGCGUGCUGGCCCAGUCGGAGCUCAUCUACAAGUACCUUCGCUACUCCAUCAUCAUCGAGUACGAGUCCCGCCCCCUCCUCCCGCCGCCUUUCAUCAUCAUCUCUUGGCUCUACGCCAUCGGACGCUCUCUCUACCGUCGAUUUUGUCGAAGCCAGCAUUGCUGUCGCGGCUGUCGUCGGAUUUGCAAGCGCUUCCGACGAUGUCGACGCAACCUACGCCGGCGGUGCUUCCGUUCACGUCGGAAAUCGUCCUCCAGCAGCUCCUCCUCAUCUUCCUCCUCCUCGUCGUCGUCAUCGUCGUCGGAGGUGCGAUCCUCGUCCCGCGGGAACUCCUUCGACAUCGGCCACAUUUUCGCGCCAGGCGUAGCAAAGUCGCAGGCUGGUCAGCAGUCUGGCGGUCUAAAGCUCUUUUUGAAGCCCGAGGAAGUGGAGAAGCUGCACGACUUUGAGGAGGAGUGCGUCGAGGAGUACUGGCGGGAAAAACAGAAGGCUGAAAAAAAGCAGUCUGAAAUGCAGCUCGAAAAUAUCAGUGCUCGUCUUGGCACAAUGCAGUACCGGCUUGGAGAGGUUCAUAUUCAGCAGCAGCAACUUCGAGGUGCGUUUCAUUCGUUGGAAGAGGAGAUGCUUGCUGGUCAUGAGGAGGUCAUGUCGUACAUCGACGAAUAUCACCACGAGAAGCCAAUUCGCAGACGCCCGCUUGCCUCGUCGGCUCUCCGGGCUCAUUCACCCACGACACGCGACGACGGCGACGACCCUCUCCUCCUCGGCAGCCUACUGUGGCUUCUCUCAAAGUUCGCCGAAAAGGAAUCAACAGGCACGAGGAGGCGAGAAAGGACGUUCGGUGGCACAGCAGCAGCCGCGUCAUCGUCGAUUUGUCGUCGUCGGCCUUUUGCCACAAAUCUCUCCUCUCACACGGAAGAGGAGGAGGAGGGAGAUGAGGAGGAGGACGAGUGCACUGACCUCCCGAAGGACCCCUCGCCGCCCCCUCCCGCCGACGACUGUUCCAACAACACUCCGAUUCCACUCGAUGCCAGCACCAGAAGCAGACCUGUCAGACCACGUCAAACACAUCGCCUCCGGAAUGAGGCUCGGCGCCGACGGAGGAGGGAGAUUGUGGUUUCCAGCGACGACGACGAGGACAGCGACGACGAGGGCGCCAAGUGUCAGUCCUUUGUGGGCAAUUCUGCCCGCGACUGGAUCCGCAUGCUCGGUGAACGCGUCAUUGAAAUGCAACAGAGGGAGAAGACGCGGCAAUCGCACGACCGUGAGCAGAGUCCCUUCCUCCUGCGCGCCCGCCAUUACGCAUCCCUUUCACCCACACCGCCACCACCACCGCUCUCGCACCUCGCUAGCCACACCUCAGCUAACAACCCCUCCUCAUUUCCCGGGUUUUUCGACAAGGACCACUUCCAUGGCAUUGGGAAGCAGCAGCCGCUGCAGCGUCACCGCAGUUCAAACCUGUCAGUCUAUGGUCGUCACGUGCGCCUCUCUGCUGUGGCGCAGCACGCCAUCCGCAAAGAAUACACCACCAUCCUCGAUGACAUUGACAUCUCGCAUCUGCUUCGGCGCUUCACCGGCAGCCCUCCUUUGCGCGUGCGGCUGAUGUCAACCCGACAGCCCAGCAACAAGCCCGAUGGGGUCCCGCGUCGACCUGAACACCGUUCACCUAUUGCCCUACGGAGGUUCCAUGAAACACGCUCAACAUCCCCGCGGAACUCGUUUUGCCAUUCCCCCUCUGGGCGGUGCCUCUCCCCACCCGAGCUGGUCAUGCCCGCGCACGACAUCACCGCGUGCUCGUCUCUGACUGUCGUCGAAGCCGCCGAGCCCUUGGGAAUGCACGGCACGCAUUCCUUGGCGCCAGCAGCAGCAGCAGCCGCAGUGAUGUGUGUAUCCGAUGUCUGGAACGACGCAGCUACAGCACUGGAGGUGAGGACUAGCAGCGCAGUUGCUGUCGAGCUUGUGGACCCCGACCUAGAUCUCGACUACAUCCCUGAGGCCUCCACGGAGGCGUUUCCGGUCCCGCAGCCUGCCGAAGAGGACGCCGGCCACCAGGAUCCCUCACUCUCCUCCACUUGGCUUCCAAGUCGACGGCUGCAAUGUCGAACCCCCGAUAACUCAUCGCACCAUGUGUGA